AUGUCUCAAUCACUGCGACCCUAUCUCCAAGCCGUCCGGAGCAGUCUGACGUCCGCCCUGACGCUCUCCAAUUUCGCUUCCCAGACCGCCGAACGUCACAAUGUCCCAGAGAUCGAGGCUCAAACAUCACCUGAAGUCCUCCUGACGCCCCUAACGAUUGCCCGAAACGAAAACGAGCGAGUUCUGAUCGAACCGAGUAUCAAUUCCGUGCGGAUAUCCAUCAAGAUCAAGCAGGCCGACGAGAUCGAGCACAUCCUCGUCCACAAGUUUACUCGUUUCCUGACGCAGAGAGCCGAAUCGUUCUUCAUCUUGAGAAGAAAGCCAAUUAAGGGAUACGACAUUUCAUUCUUGAUUACGAACUUCCACACCGAGGAGAUGCUGAAGCACAAGCUGGUCGACUUUAUUAUCCAAUUCAUGGAGGAGGUUGACAAGGAGAUUUCGGAAAUGAAGCUCUUCGUAUGUCCCCUCACUGUUGAUCCUUCUGCCAUGGCAGUUUCUGACAGCACACAGUUGAAUGCGAGAGCUAGAUUCGUUGCCGAAUCUUUCUUGACUCCCUUUGAUUAA